CCGGAGUCAGUGGUCGGAGGAAGAGAUUAUAGAGAACUUCCUAUUUAUUGUGGACCCAAGUCUCGGCAAGGAAGUUAAGGAAGCCCGACCGAAGGAUGGGAAAUGGACUACGUACAAAAAGAACCUCGUUGAGCUUUACAAAUUGGAGGAUAACAAGUACUACAUCAAGGACCUUGAGACAAUGACUCAAGAUGAAGAUGAGAGCGUACAGGCAUUUGGGAUGCGUUUCCAGAAGAUCUCCGACGUGCUGAUGAAGAAGGGGAAGAUCUCAGAGGUCGAGCGCUGUACUAUCUUCAUCGGACACCUGUCCAAAGGUAGACAAAAGAGUAUACUUAGAGAUCUUCCGCGCGACAAGCUUGACUUCCCAGAAGUCCUAAAGCUCGCGAUAAAUGUAGAGGCAGACGACUACAAUGACUUGGUAUGGAGAGGAAUGAGGAGGCGAGACUUCUCUUUCUAUAAAGAGUAUGCCACUGAUAGAUGCCCUGACUUCAAGGACUAUCCCUGGUCGAAAAAGAAUGAGGCCGUAGCUGAGGAAGUGAAGGAGAUAAGGGACAUGGUAAGGGGAUUGACAAGGCAGGUUACAGAGAUUGUGACCAAUACGGGAGCCACGACAUACUGGGACAAACCCGGAGGGCCCUAUUCACUUCGGUGGGACCGUAGGAACAACGAUUCCUGGAGGAGUGUCGAGGAUAGAAAUCCUCGAACGCUAACCGAUUAUCGAGUAAGGGAAAGGGAGAGAGACGAUGAGCCAUGGCGACGAAGGGAUGAUGAGAUAGACCGAGACCGCAGGGUUCGCGAGACGUAUGGGCGAGCAAGGCGACGGGAUGGUUACUCGCGCAGCCCUCGUUAUGAGGCUGAUGGGGGAAGAGGCGACUCUCGAGGUAGGUGGGAGUCAGAUCUGGGCCGACGAGACGGAUACAGGGACGACAAAUAUGAGAGGUCGGACCGAGGUGGAUACCGGGGUAGCAGGUAUGAGAGAGGAGAUCGAGACGGAGACCGACGAGAUGACUCACGCGGACGGUAUGACCGCAGGGGAUUCGCGAGGGCGCAACGUGACGAUUCGCGGGGGUGGUACGACCGAGGAGAUCGGCGCGAUGAGUCACGCGGGCGAUACAACCAUUGGGACCGUCGGAAUGACUCACGGGGACGAUAUGAGCGAGGAGGAUCUGGAGGAGACCGCCGCAAUGAUUCGCGCGGCCGGAAUGAGAGAGAGGGAUAUGGCGCAUCAUCCGAUCCGCAUACAAAGUCCCCAGACCCCAGAGCAGGGAGGGGUUCGACCUCCAGGAGCGCAGACGAUAGGCCACCCACUCCCAGGAACUCUUGCGUCUACUGUAGAGGGGAUGAUCAUACCAAGAGAGACUGCCCGGAUCUCAAACGGGCAAUAGAUGAGGGACUUGUCGUGCUUGAUGACCGCAAGUACGUCAAGAGGGCAGAUGAUCUGGGAGACAUAUCGAUGUUCCCUUCGAUGAAGGAGAAUGUUGAAGCAAGGAGAGUAAAGUCGAAUAAAGGAAAAGACCUGGUUAGGAGCCAGAGCAUAAAGAUAACUUUCGAAGGAGAUAUGGCAACCACACCCAUAAGGGUGGCAACUACCAAGUUGGCUAAGGGGUCUACAUCGAAGAAGACUAACACGGAUUAUGUGAUGGCGGAGAAGGACGGACAAUGGAUCGAUGGAGAGGAGGUUAUUCUUUCACCACGAAAGCGGGGAGUGAAGAAGUUCCUGAUGAAGAGUUCGCUGGAUGAGAUUGACACGGCCGAGCCACUGAGACAGGUCCUUAUGCACCCCAUGCAGUGCUCUAUUUUAGAAUAUUUGGCAGCAUUCAAGCCGGCUCACGACGAGUUACAGAUGAUCACGCGGAAGACUCGCAUACCUCUAUCAGAGAAGGUUCAGGUGGCCCCUAAGGCUGAUGCUCCUGCUGUAGCGGUAUCAGAGGUGACAGCUAGAGCAGAUCAUAUGGCGACAGUUCUUCUUGACGGGAUGGAAGGUGUGCCUCCAAACAAGUUUAACAUACUUGGUAGUGGGACCGUGGAGGCGAUCCUAAGCGACAAAACGGUUCUAAAUGCUGUGAUCGACAACGGCAGAGAGGCUGUCAUUAUAGACGAGGAUCUGGCAGAGCAAGUUGGACUCGGACUCGAUAGGUCAUACUUAUUCGAGAUAGAGACGGCUGAUGGGAGAAAACAACAGAUCACAGGAGUUUGCCACAAGGCAGUCAUAGAGGUCCAAGGGGUACGAGUGACCCUACCAGUCUUUGCAGUCAAAAACUACAGCUCUGACCUGCUCUUGGGACGGACGUGGUUAAGCCAUGUGCAUGCGGUGACGAUAGAGCGACCGGACGGGAGCCAGACACUGUCCAUUAGGAAGCUAAAUGUGACGCCGGUUAUGAUUGAAACGGUGGAACCUCGAGACCCGAGGAACAAAGCAACUCUUGCUGUAGGUGCGGGACCCAGUGAUCGGAUUAAGUCAUUACCUAUCUUCGUCCGCGCGGUGCGAUUUCGCAAGAAAAAGUAUGGACCUCUGCUCACAGUAGAAGAAGGUCGGAUUAUAGAAGUGAAAGAUUUAGGAAAUCGGAUGAUAAUGGAUGGGAACUCUUAUCCAAAGGAAAGGAACGAAGAAUUCGGCAGUGUGAUAUUUAUAUCUUUUUUAAGGGAAUAGCCCCCCUACGCGGAGCAACCCAAAC